GCAUCAUCCAACACACGUCUUUGCCAAAAUGACGACCGUGAUGGCGUCUCGGCGACCGCCCCUUCGGCCCCAGCAAGGACUACUUCAUGCUGCUGGUAGUGGCUUGACUGGUGGUGCCUUGUCUUCAAACAUGGAGCUUGAAUUGAUCCGCACGAUCUUGGGAGAAGACGUGCCGACGAGUGUCCUGUUGUCGUGUCUACAUGCUGCUUCGAACGACGUGUCGACGGCCGUAAACUUGUACUUUAGCCAGCAACCCACGACUGAUAUCCCCAUCGAUCUCACGAAGAGCAUUCGAAGCUCGAUGCCGGUGACGGUGCACCCGUUCGACGAACCCGGGAUGCUUAGCAACUUGAAUUUGACCGCGUCACUCACGACCGGCGCCGUCGACGUCAUAAGCGCGGCAAACGAGCGGUUCAAGGUGCUGCGUUUUCGAAAACGCGGCAAAGCGGGCGCGGACAUGCUGCUUCGGAACGGCGACAUCGUGUCGCUGGAGUGCAAUGGGUUGUGGCUGUGCGCGCGGAAGAACAACGCUUUGCAGUGGAAACCUGUGAACGACACUGACGACAGAAACAAGUUCGUCGUGCGCGGGUUGGCCCUUGGAACCGUCAUGACGGUCGGAGAGCCGUUCUUCCUGACGUCGUACCGGUGGAAAGACCGUGAAAUCGCCAUUCGUCACACUCAGAGCAUUGGACUGACGCUAAACCUGCCGUGGAACAGCUUGAUGAAGUCGUCGGAUGCGCCAAACUCAGCGUCAAACAACCUCAACCACGUGCAUCGUUGCUUUCUAGGACUGGCGCGGUCCACCGAGGGCGAUUGGCGACUGUAUUUUCGCGCUGCGUUGACGUCGAAAGCGGCACUGUCCAUCGCAAAAGCUCGAUCCGUGGCACCGCUCAACAUUCGCGUCGAGAAACCUAUGAAGAGACACCAGUCCAACAAUCGCCUGAGCCGCGUCCACGAAGACGAAGAAGUCACGGCUGUGAGCCCGAUUGCAAUGGAAAAGCUCCAACAAAUGCGGAUGGUCCUUGGCGGGUCCUCGACAGUGUCGCAAGCAAAGCUCAUCGAGUACCUGGAUGGCGCAGGUGGAAAUGUGCAAAUCGCACUUGAACACUACUUUAUGAACCACACAGAGCGCAAACGAACUCGACCCGAUAGUCACUUGCUCUUGCCCAUGCCGCGACAGAGUAUUCCAGUACCUCUGCCGGCUUCACCGUCGAUGGUGGCUGCUCCGUCGCCGCCCAAGCCUUCCGUGCAACCUCCGUCGUCCAUGCUGCAAAAACCACUCACGAUCGAAGACUUUGAAAUGCUCAACGUACUUGGUCGCGGCAGUUUUGGCGCCGUCAUGAUGGUCCGGUACAAGCAAGAUGGUCGCAUCUUUGCGAUCAAAAUUCUCAAGAAGAGCGCGAUGGAUUCGACCGACAUGCAAAACGCCAUGGAAGAGCGACAGAUUCUCCAGCGCCUCAAGCACCCGUACGUGUCGUCGCUCGUGUUUGCGUUCCAGACCAGCGAGCGCCUCUACCUCGGCAUGAAGUUUUACGCGGCCGGCGAUCUGUUUUACCACCUCAACCAAAAAGGUUGUGCUGGUGGUUCAAUCCUGCGCAUGCUAAUUUUUGGAUUGGCCAAAAUGUUUGGAAUGAUAGCUUCUUGUCGUUUGGAUUGGCUGACGAGAUUUAUUUUGUUCAAUCAAAGGGGGAGGACUGCCGUUAGCCGAUGCCCGACUGUACGCUGCCGAGCUCGUGUUGGCAAUUUCGUACUUGCACUCGCUCAACAUUUUGUACCGCGAUUUGAAGCCGUCCAACAUUAUGAUCGACGAAGAGGGCCACAUUGGAAUUGUGGACUUUGGUUUAUCCAAGCAGCACAUCCAGGGCAGCUCUCACGGCGUCAAGACACUCUCUGGCACGGCUGAGUACGUUGCGCCGGAAGCGCUUGUCCAGACCGCCGACGGGACCAGGGACUAUGGCAAAGCGUAUGACUGGUGGAGCUUUGGCAUUGUUCUGUACGAAAUGAUUGUGGGAGUGAGUCCAUUUUACCACACCAACGAACGUACCAUGCUCCAACGCAUUGUUCAUGCCGACGUGCGCUUUCCAUCCGAUUUUCCGGCCGAUGCCAAGUCGCUCGUUCGGGGUGCCUCGCGCGUUGAUUAAUUAUGUGUUUACCUGACGCAUUUUGCAAUAGGGCUGCUCAACCGCGACCCCAAAGCUCGUCUAUCGGGCGACGCGAUCCAGUCCCACCCGUUCUUUGCCUCGAUCAACUGGACCAAGUUGUACAAUCGCCAAGUGCCAGCGUACUGGAAGCCCGAUUUGUCGAGUGAAACAGACACCAAGUACGUCGACCCUGAGUUUACACGGGAUGGGCCGCCGUCCGCCGUAUACGACGUGGCCACCUCGGGAAAAAAGACCUGGAGCAAGCGGUUUAGCCAAUUUUCGUUUGACUUUAGCCGCGACGACAAUAAAAAGUAAAUUCGCUUGUCCAAUCAAAA